UCACUGUCAUUCAAAAUUAACAAAAUAAAAAGUUUACUCUCCUACAUGUGACUGAUAUGUUUUUGUUUAUUGUUUAUUGUCUAACUGUGUGCUCUCUUCAGCUAAUGUAAUACUCUCAUUCUACCAUUUGUUUUUUGCCUGUCAACGUUUUGUCCUGCAUUACUUCAUAAUUAUAGACAAUUUAAUGAAUAUCUACAACAGCGCUAACACCGGUAUAGGCUUUGAGACAGCUAAAGAUUUGGCAAGGCGUGGAGCUAAGAUUAUUCUCGCAUGCCGUGAUGAGUUAAAAGGUUUGCAAGCCAGAGACGACAUUAUACGAUUAACAAAAAACGAUAAAGUGAUAUUCAAACAGUUGAACCUAAGUUCAUUUGCAUCUGUUCGCAAAUUCGCUGAUGAUAUUUUAAAAACCGAACAAUCCAUCCAUAUUUUAGUGAACAACGCAGGUACGGGUGUACUCGACAAUGCGCUGACGAAAGACAAUUUGCCGGUAGAAGUACAUGUCAAUCACUUCGGGCCAUUCUUGCUCACAGUCUUACUUCUGCCGUUACUAAAGUCAUCAGCGCCGAGCCGGAUUAUUAAUGUCUCUUCAAUAAUGCAUCGAUUUGGAAAGGUCAAUCCACAAACAUUUCAUAAACAAGCAAAAAAUAUAUUGGAACGUAGGAGGGUAUAUUCAGACACAAAAUUAGCUAAUCUUCUGUUUACUUUAAAAUUGAGUCAAUUAUUACUUGGUACCCGUGUUACUGUCAAUGCUUUACAUCCUGGUGCAGUGAGCACAGAUAUUUUUCGUAAUCAACAUCCAAUAGUAAGAUACUUAAUAAAGCUUGUGUGGAAAACACCAUACGAAGGCGCACAAACCUCAAUACAUUUAGCAGUAGCACCAGAAUUAGAAUUAGUAACCGGAAAGUAUUUUGUGAAUUGUCAUGAAGAUUCACCAUCUGAAAGUGCAAAAGAUAUUCACCUUGCUGAACAGUUGUGGAAACUGUCUGAAACCAUAACUAAUGUAAUGUUUUCUUGAAAUUGUAAUAGGUUUGUAUAUAUUGUUGUAUAGCUUGCCUUGUAAUAAAUGCAAAUGUUACUAUCUAGUCUAUAGGCUUAUAACGUACUUUAUUUUUUAUAAUUUUAAGGUUUAGUCACUGUAACCAAUCUAAAAUGCUUAGUUUUCUAGUCAGAAUGGAUUCUUUGAAAAAGUAUCUAUAAACUUUUAAGGUUCAAAGAAUUCAUUCAUUCUUAUUUUCUAUCUUAUUUGUGUUACAAUAUUAUUCCUAUAAUUUAAUACACAUAUCUAAAAAUAUAAAUACAAAAAAGUGAAUAUAUUAAAUGAUACCUAUUGCAUGAUGUUUUAGAUAUUCUUGCUAACUGUUUAUACAUAACUUUUGUACAUCUAACAUUAUUUUAUAAUAAAUGUACCUGAAUGAUAUCUAGUAUUUCGUAACUUAUCUGCUUAUAGAUGAUCAUGUCAUUUUAGAUAUAGUACAUUUAAAUAAAUACAAUGUUCUCUUAACAUUAUGAAUUUAUUUAAAGAAAUAACUACUGAGUUUCUUACCUGUUCUUCACAACUGUGAAGCAAUUGUGUUUGCAUGGCUGUGUUUCGGUUUGAAGGGUGGGAUAUGGCGUGAAUUUACUAGAUACAGAGGAAUAACACUUGAGUCCUCAGGAAUGGCAACGCAUGGGGGGUAUCAUGGGCGAAACAGUAUACUCUGUUAUAUCCAUGGUACUGGGCAUGUCUAUAUGCGACGGUUAC